AACCCAAAAUGCCUCCAUAUAAAUAAGGAACUUAGUCUAGGGUUUCAGCUCCUCUCCGCCGUUGCUCUCUCUUCUCUGCGUAUCGGUAGCUUUUCUUUUCCGAUCUUGCAAAAUGACAAAGAGGACGAAGAAGGCUGGAAUCGUAGGAAAGUAUGGUACCCGUUAUGGUGCUAGUUUGAGAAAGCAAAUCAAGAAAAUGGAAGUCAGCCAACACAGCAAAUAUUUCUGUGAAUUCUGUGGCAAGUAUGCAGUGAAGAGAAAGGCUGUUGGUAUUUGGGGUUGCAAGGACUGCGGAAAAGUCAAAGCAGGGGGUGCAUACACCUUGAAUACUGCAAGUGCUGUAACAGUGAGGAGCACAAUCCGAAGGCUGAGGGAGCAGACUGAGAGUUAAGUGUGCAUCUCUGUUUUGAAUUUGUUGGAACACCGUUAUCCUACUUUCCCUUUCAUGUCAAUUUACCCUUUUUAAACGUAGCCAAAUUAUGUGUUAGACUGAUUAAUUUGUUGCAUCAAUUGAUAUAUGGUUAUUUGGAAACAA